AUGACCAGUUCACCGCCAAUUCCGCAGUUUGCAUACCGAGGCAACAAUGGUAUUGUUAUUGCAAAUGGUCCUCCGGAGAACAAGACAGUCGAAGGAUUCACAAGCACGGAAGAUAUUCGAGUGUUUGAGUACAGCCCCGAAGGAAGGUACCUUGCGUGGGUACUACAGGACCGAGUACAGAUCUAUGACGCGUCCACUCACGAAAAAGUUCAAGAGAUUCCACAAAAAAAUGUCAUCGAAGUGGAGUUCUCUCCUCGUGGUACCUUUCUUUCGACAUGGGAACGCUUCGUAAAAGGAGCCGAUUCCGACUCCAACCCGCACAAGAACCUUAUCAUUUGGGACGUUGCAACAGGAGAGCAGCAGAUUGCAUUCACGCAAAAAAAUCAAACUGGUUGGAACGUGGACUGGACUGAGGAAGAAACGUACUGCGCACGACUUGUUACGAAUGAAGUACAGUUCUUCAAUCCAAAAGACUUUGCAAAGGGUGUGAGCACUCGAUUGCGGGUCGAGGGCGUGGCGGACUUUUCGUUAUCUCCGGGCAAGCGUGUUACGGUCGCUGCGUUCGUUCCAGAAAAGAAGGGGCAGCCAGCGGCUGUUCGAUUAUACGACGUGACGAACUUGAACACGCCAUUAACGCAAAAGUCGUUCUAUCGUGCGGAUAGCGUUCAAUUCCACUGGAACUCGCUCGGCACAAACGUCUUGAUAUUUACUCAUACUGACGUAGAUAAAACCGGCCAGUCGUACUACGGAGAGACCAAUCUCUACUAUUUAUCUAUUACUGGCAAUUUUGAUUGUCGAGUAGAACUAGAUAAACCUGGACCCAUCCAUGACGUCGCUUGGAGCCCGAACUCAAAAGAGUUUGUCGUGGUUUACGGUUCGAUGCCCGCGAAGGCCACCCUGUUUGAUCAUCGUGCAAGCCCGAUCUAUGAGUUUGGAGCAGCUGCCCGCAAUACUGUGCGCUUCAAUGCUCAUGGACGACUUUUGUUCAUCGGGGGAUUUGGGAAUCUUGCUGGUGAUGUGGACGUUUGGGACCGCAAAUCCUUCAAAAAGCUGGCCACCAUCCACGCUCCGAACUCAUCAAGCUGCGACUGGUGUCCCAAUGGCAAACAUAUAAUGACUUCCACGUUAUACAAGCGCCUGAAGGUUGAUAAUGGCAUCAAGAUCUGGCAUUACACUGGGGCUCUCGUGCAUGCAAUCGAGGUGAAAGAGAUGUAUCAGGCCAAAUGGCGCUCCAGUCGCCCAGAAAACUGGCCAGAUAUUCGGUCUCUGUCUCCUCCGCCUCAAUCGAAUCUUGCCGCUCCCACGCCUGCGAAACCUGUUGGAGUGUACAGACCACCUGGAGCUCGAGGUUCUGCGACGCCAUCUAUCUUCAAGCAAAGAGAUGUCAUUGCAGAUGGUGCUGUGCGCAAUCAUACACCAGUCCCAGGGCAGACUGCGGAGGAUAAAACAUUGUCACGCGCCGCUCUUAAAAACAAAAAGAAGCGGGAGGCCAAGAAGAAGGAAGGAGAUGGCAGUUCAUCAGCUCCGGAUAGCCCAGCCGAAGCUCCGGCAUAUGUACCAGUGCCAGGUCAAGCUGCCGAUCUGGAAAAGAAACAUAAAACUUUGAACAAGAAGCUCAAGCAAAUCGCUGACAUUAAAGCGAAAAUUCAAGCAGGAGAGAAAGUGGAGCUCACUCAGAUCAAGAAGGCUGGAGGGGAGGCUGCAUUGAAGGAGGAAAUCGAGGUCAUAAGGAAACAGCUGGCAAAGCUAGGCGUCAAGCCAUAG